ACGGCCUCAUCAGACUUUGGAGGUGGCAAGAGGCCCAGAGUGAGUGAGCGAGAGAGACUCGAAAUGGCCACAGGAACGAGCUAUGCCGGGAAGGUGGUGAUUGUGACCGGGGGCGGACGCGGCAUUGGAGCCGGGAUCGUGCGAGCCUUCGUGGACAGCGGGGCCCAAGUGGUAAUCUGCGACAAAGAUGAGUCUGGGGGCCGGGCCCUGGAGCAGGAGCUUCCUGGAGCUGUGUUUAUCCGCUGUGACGUGACUCAGGAAGAAGAUGUGAGGACCCUGAUCUCCGAGACCGUCCGCCAGUUCGGCCGCCUGGACUGUGUGGUCAACAACGCCGGCAACCACCCAUCCCUGCAGUGGCCCGAGGAGACCACCAUUGAGCGCUUCCGCCAGCUGCUGGAGCUGAACCUGCUGGGGGUUUACACCGUGACCAAGCUUGCCCUUCCCCACCUGCGGAAGAGCAAGGGGAACAUCAUCAACAUCUCCAGCCUGGUAGCGGCGAUUGGCCAGUGCCAGUCAGUUCUCUAUGUGGCCACCAAGGGGGCAGUAACAGCCAUGACCAAGGCCUUGGCCCUGGAUGAGAGUCGAUACGGUGUCCGAGUCAACUGUAUCUCCCCAGGAAACAUCUGGACCCCACUAUGGGAGGAGGUGGCAGCCUCAACACCUGACCCCAGGGCCGCAGUCCUAGAGGGCACCUUGGCCCAGCCCCUGGGCCGCAUGGGCCAGCCCGCUGAGGUGGGGGCUGCGGCAGUGUUCCUGGCCUCUGGAGCUACCUUCUGCACAGGCAUCGACCUGUUUUUGACGGGGGGUGCAGAGCUGGGCUACGGGCGCAAGGCCGAUCCGGGCACCCCCGUGGACAUCCCUACUACUCUUUCCUGAUUUCUCACAUUUCCACCUGGGCCUCCCUGCAUAGGACUUUCCCCGGCCCCCAAACUCCAACCUGCACCAUCUGCCUCCCAGGUGCAGCCCCUAACCCCUUAGACUUUAAGCCCACUUAGGAAUGUGCCAGAUCACCCUCUAGUUUCCUGUAAAAGCAAUUUGCA